AUGGGCUCUUCAUCAUCCAACUCGACGCGUCCCCCUCCGGCUACAGACACCAAGAUCGUGCUCUCUUCUGACGGAGAGCAGAUCUACGCUGAGGCAACGGGCGAUCCAUCCAAGCCUCACGCUGUACUCCUACAUGGGCUCGCACUUAGCGGCGCCGUCUUUGACGAGUUCUGCGCUACACCGAAACUUCUCGAGAACUUGUAUAUCGUCCGCUACGAUAUUCGAGGCCACGGACGGAGCUGUAUGCCCAUGACGCCCGAGGGCCAUGCUUCAAAGCUCUACGCCGACGACUUCAAAGCCGUUGUCGAGGCCUUCGGACUACGCAAGCCAACGCUGAUCGGUUGGAGCAUGGGCGGUAUCAUCAGCGCUGAUAUCGCAGCUCACCUUCCUCCGUACACCCUCUCUGGGAUCUUCUACCUGGCCAGCGCGCCACACAAAGGCGUCAUCCUCGGUACGGCGGCUGCACCUGCUUUGGGCGCUGCUAUCCAAGGAUGCAGUGACCCCAGCACCCUGCUUAGUGCCCUCGUUGACUUUGCCGACGCCUGCAUCACGUCAACAACCAACCCCACACCACCAUAUCACCUUCGUUGUCUCUUGACCGGUGCAAUGGCGUUACAACCCAACGAGAUGCGUGGCCUCACUCUCACACGCGAACAGGACCCAGCGCCGCUCCAAAAGCUGCUGGCGACCGGGAUCCCGGUGCUCGUAAUGUAUGGCACGGAUGACAAGUUGACGCAGGGAAGCGUCGUGGAGAAAGAGGUCACGACGCAUGCAACGGAAGCCGAGUUGCUUGCCGUUCCUGGGACUGGGCAUAUGCUCUUUUGGGAGAAGCCAUUGCUUGUCGCUUCGACAAUCGUCAGAUUCGUUGCUGAGAGGGCGCACCGUGUAUGA